AUGGCUGUGGACCGUCAAUCGUUGAUAUUCUUCAUUGUGGUCUUCAUCUUCUUAUCACUUCCUUCAAGGAAUGACCAGCCCCACUCGCACCAGGAGCGCGAGACCUUGGAUACGUUUCAAAAGUCUCUCAAGCAGUUUCGGCGCGAGCUCAAUACCCGUGACUAUAUUCUGGGGUACGGUAAUAUCACCGGGUUUCUAUUGAGCUACGACGACUACGUGCUGGACAAGCUGCCGGCAGAAUGGCCUCUUCACAAAUACACCCCGGAGCAUCCGUGGUUCGAGGAUGAAAAGUACUCGGUGUUGCCUAACGCUGUGAGUGACCAACUCAAGAAGUUCUGGGGGAUAGACCCAGUACCAGACGAGGACUCCCUUGGGUACCUCCUCAACGUGUCAGGAGUUGCCACGGGUGAGUUUGUCAAGCCGACCGACCAGGUCAAGGAGGUUCCGUUGCAGUUGCCAGGGUAUUUGGAAACAUACUUUAAGUCGAUUACUGAGGGUGCCCCUUGGGACGGCAACUCAAAUGAAGGCAACGGCGGGAACAUCCCAACCCCGGAUGAAAAUCCCAAGAAAGUAGGCGAGGUUAAGAGCUCCUCUGGGAAUGUGGUGUUUAAGCUCAACAGUUUGGGAUACAAUUUCCAGAACAAGCAGUUAAAGAAGAACAUCGAGGGCGAGCAAGACAAAAUUGACGAUGCGGUGGUGGUGAAGCUCCAGGCGGUCGUCAGCGACCACGAAGAAAUCGACACCAACGACAUCGAGCUUAUUGGGGUCUAUUUCCAGAAGACCGGCUCGCUCGUGGCUACCACUAACUCCGCCAAGUUCCACGGUGACUUUGCCUUGCCACAUUUGACCCUAAGCGAAGACAAGUUUACAAAGAGUCAGAAGCUCAUGGGCCAGAUGGUGAACACCACCGACAUCGACAAAGACAUCAGCAUGGAGUCGAUGAACGUAUUCAUUUCCAAGUCACUUGAACAAUGUGAAUUUGUCACAUUUAUUCAGCUCGAGAAAACCCAGUUUCUGAUCAAAGAACUCCGGGAAAUCGAUGAGGAGUUGGCCAACCCGCGAGGAGUCCCAAUUCCCAAGACGCUUCCGAAGCUUCGGGUCAAGCAGUCACUAAUGUACUCACCUGAUUGUGGCAUGGUACUCAACAGCAACCCUAAAACCGCGUUCGAAGGGUACACCCACGAUGUGAUCACCAGACAGCUGAGAAAGUUGUUAAUCGGGUUCCUGGUGUUGGUGGCGUGUCAGCUUUACCUUUUCAUGACCCAGAUAAAGAGUCUCAACACCCCUGGUCCGUUGUCGAACAUUUCGGUGAUGACAUUGAUGUUUUUCCAGUACGAAGAUUCGUUGGUGACGUUCACGUUUUUGUUGAUUUCUACGCUCUUCGAGGAUCUCUAUUUGAUUUUGACGGGGAUCACCAUCGUCACUCAGAUCAUGUACACGGUGUUUGAGACGGGUCUCUUGGUACGGGUGUGCAAAGUGCAAGCGAAUGAAAGAGGAACUACGUGGUGGCAGAUUUUGAGAGGUAGUAUGAGAAAGACCUCUCGGGUGGCUACGCCAGAUGAACUUCCCCUUCCCGUGACGGAGCCCACCACCACCACUGCCGCGGCCGAUCUCGCAGCCCCCGAAUCGUCGUGGAACCCCAUGUUUGCCCCAGGCUUCGCGGUGGCGAUCGUGUCGGUGCUCGUUAUUCUCAACGCUACAAUGUGGAGAAAACUGUACCGCCGCGCCUUCGAAGUAGCCGGACUCACGGUGCUAAACUCGUUUUGGAUUCCCCAGUUUCUACGCAACACCCUCAAAAACCGCCGCAUUCCCUUCUCCUGGACAUUUGUGGUGGGUACUUCGGUCAUCAGGCUCAUCCCUAUCAUCUACGUAAAUGUGUUUUCCAAUCCGUUUCGUCACGCACAGAACAUCUCAUUCGUGGUGUUUCUCACGUGUUGGAUGGGGUUGCAGCUCGCGUUGAUCGCGUUGCAGAGCAUCCUUGGGCCUCGGUUUUGGAUCAAUGAUAAAUGGCUUCCCCAGGCGUAUAAUUACCAUCCACUUAUAAGUCUCAAGGACUUAGAACACGGGUUUGGGUCUGAUUUGCUCGCCAACAUCGGUAUCGAUGACCUCUCACAAGAGCCUGAAGCCUCGAAGAAAGACGACCUGGUGGUUCAUUGCAAAACUGACUGUGCCAUUUGCAUGGCUGAGAUCGACCUCCCCAUCUACAAACAUGAGCCCACCAAAAGUGCGAAAUUCACCGGUGAAAAAGCGUACAUGGUGACACCGUGUUUCCAUGUAUUCCACACCGAAUGCUUAGAAGACUGGAUGAAGUACAAGCUUCAAUGCCCUGUGUGUAGAAAUGGACUCCCUCCAGUGUAGUAGUCCAACGGUUAUAAAAUAAACCUAAAUCAUCACUUCCAUCAUGCCACUUUAGCGCGAGAGUGUGCGCGUGCCAAACCAGAAAUCAGACCACUUUUCAAUCCUCAUAAAAAUGCCAUACAAGACCAGUUUUUCUUCCAUAGUCAUCUUUUAUACAAAUACUAAUCAGUUGUACGGUGAGUAAAGAAAUACCCCGUACUUUCCAUUAUCUAUCAUGAGUGCCUUCGACUACGAUGGUUACAAC